GGGCGGAGUAUAUAACCUGGUCUCUUUGCCCUUUCCUUUAGCUCCUUGAGGGUGGUCAACCUGCCCAGCGGGACUUCCAGAAUCAUCGCCUUUAGGCUGCUGAGGGUUGAUUUCUUCUUUCUCCAGAAAGAAAAAUGGCAUCUGUUGCAGUAGAUCCACAACCGAGUGUGGUGACUAGGGUAGCCAGCCUGCCCUUGGUGAGCUCCACAUAUGACCUUGUCUCCUCCGCUUAUGUCAGUACAAAGGAUCAGCAUCCCUACUUGAAGUCUGUGUGUGAGAUGGCAGAAAAGGGUGUAAAGACCAUCACCUCAGUGGCAGUGACUGGAGCUCUGCCCAUCAUCCAGAAGCUAGAGCCACAAAUUGCAGUUGCCAAUACGUAUGCCUGUAAGGGGCUAGACAGGAUUGAGGAGAAACUUCCUAUUCUGAAUCAACCAACAGAUCAGGUCGUUGCCAAUGCCAAAGGUGCUGUGACUGGGGCCAAAGAUGCUAUGACAACUACUAUGACUGGGGCCAAGGAUUCUGUGGCCAGCACAAUCACUGGGGUGAUGGACAGGACCAAAGGAGCAGUGACUGACAGUGUGGAGAAGACCAAGUCUGUGGUGAACGGAAGUAUUAACACAGUUUUGGGCAGUAGGAUGAUGCAGUUGGUGAGCAGUGGAGUAGAAAAUGCCCUCACCAGAUCUGAGCUAUUGGUAGACCAGUACCUUCCUCUCACUGAGGAAGAAAUAGAAAAGGAGGCAAAAAAAGUUGAAGGAUUUGAUACAGUUCAGAAACCCAACUAUUAUAUUAGAUUGGGAUCUCUGUCUACCAAGCUCCGCUCCCGUGCUUACCAGCAGGCCCUCAGCAGAGUUAGAGAAGCUAAGCAGAAAAGUCAAGAGACCAUUUCUCAGCUCCAUUCCACUGUCAACAUGAUUGAAUUUGCCAGGAAGAAUGUGCAUAAUGCCAACCAGAAAAUCCAGGGUGCCCAGGAUAAGCUCUAUCUCUCCUGGCUAGAGUGGAAGAGAAGCAUAGUCUAUGAUGAUACAGAUGAAUCCCACUGUGCUGAGCACAUAGAGUCAUCUACUCUUGCCAUUGCCCGUAACCUGACUCAACAGCUCCAGACCACGUGUCAUACCCUCAUGUCCAACAUUCAGGGGUUACCACAGAACAUUCAAGAUCAAGCCAACCACUUGGGGGUGAUGGCCGGAGACAUCUACUCAGUGUUUCGCAAUGCUGCCUCCUUUAAGGAAGUGUCUGACAGUCUCCUCACUUCUAGUAAGGGACAACUGCAGAAAAUGAAGGAGUCUUUAGAUGAUGUGAUGGAUUAUCUUGUUAACAACACACCCCUCAACUGGCUGGUAGGUCCCUUUUAUCCUCAGCUCACUGAGUCUCAGAAUACACAGAAACAAGAUGCAAAGGACAAAACUACUCAGGAGUUGCAGCAACCUGAGCAUGAAACACAUUAAACUUAACCCUGUGAUAAUACAUAGCCCACCUAGCAGAUGACACCUCCUCCUGUGUUGAGAUUAAUCUGCUAGACAGUUCCAACUUGGGGAAAACACCUAGUUAGAAAAAUAUCUUCUAUUAUAGUACUGCCCAGCUAGGUUUAGAGCUUUAGUUUCUGGUAAAAGUCUAUUGCUUACCUGAUUGGGAAGAAAAGUAUAAUAGACUUCUCAGAGUCUAGCCAGGGCUCACAGAACUGUUCCUGUGUUUUUUGUUUGCAGUUGUAACUGUUACUGUUUUUUUUUUUUUUUUUUGUAUUGGGUAAAAACACUUUCAUGUGCGUUGUGGUACCAGCUGGUGUCUUGCUUCCAGUUUAAUUUGAGCUGUGAUUCAUUACUGAUUUGUCUUACAGUGCUUACUUGUACAACUUUAGUUUAGUUUUUUUUUUUUCAUAAAGGAAUACUCUUUAUUGAAUUCAAUAAAAUUCACUGCAGAAUAGA